AUGACCGUCAAUCAACCACUUUCUCUUCCGGACGACCACCACGAACAACGACGAGAAACGAUGGCAGUCCACGCAUUUACACUGACGUCUAUCACUUGUACGUUGCAGAACGCGUGGCCAAGCACAAACUGUCGAGAAUCCUGCGCGCCACUUUUGUAUCUUCUCUGGUCAAAAGCCUUACGCUCGCCAGCCAGCCUCCUCUUCCUCCGCGCUGCCGACGGCGUGUCCGCAUACUCCCAGCACUCAGCGCUCGAUGGAACCUGGGGCGGCAUCAACGACUGGCUCGCCGAGUUAAUCGCGGGCCGCGCGUCCGAACACCGUGUAUUGCUUCCCGAGACGACAAAGGACAAGGCGGACGAUGGACGGCGGGUAGAGCUCACUCAGCCGACGGAGCUUGACGAGUCGGUAAGCCGGGUGAAGGCCGUUCUGGGCCUGUCCUCAGUCGCUUCUCCGUUUCGCAUCCUGUCGUUGUUAACUAUACAACGCAGUCCAAGUUCCUGCGCUGGCUCUGGCGCCUCCAUGUUUGCGGAAGCAAAGGAGCCGGUCGAUGUAUCCUUCACUUGGGAGAUGCAGCAUUUCUCGCUGGUAUCGGCCAAGGCACUCACGUCAUGCCCUGUGGACACACUAGCGCGGGUACCUCCCGAUCCUCAAGGACAAGCUCAAAGUAGAACUACAGGGCUUGGCUCGGUCGAUCGUCAGCGCCUCCGAUAA